AUGUCGUUGCCGCCACCUCCAGGUCUCAAGCAACCUGCUUCUCUCCCACCGCGCCCACCACCAUCUUCUUCCCAAAAGUCCUCCUCAUUCAAACCAGCCUACUCGUCUGCGCCUUCGUAUUCAUCUCCCGGCACCAGUUUCGGUCCAGCUGCCAGCCAUGGCCCAAAGCCAGCAGCCUCACGACCUCCCUCAACCGGUUACAGUGCCUUUACAGCGUUUGCACCUCGCACGGUAGCCUCUUCCAACCAGCCAUAUCGUACUAGCAGUCCCGUUGUUUCGGCUCCUUCGCAACCGUCCACGAGCUACGAAAGUUCGGCCUCUAGCUAUCCAUCGUCAUAUCAAAAUGAGCAACAGUCGUACCAAGGCGGUGCGUCUUAUUAUGGUGAGAGCAACUAUGGCGCUUCAUCAGUUCCUCAAAUAGCGAAUCCUUUUCCACUCCCGGGGCAAGAACGAAAAGGCUACGGGCGUGAUAGUGGAGUGGAUCCCGAAACGGAAGCGCAAAUCGCGCAAUGGCAGAGUGCCUACGUGGGCAGAGAAGGUGACCCAGCUUUACAGGCAAAAGCACCCGGACGACCUGGCGCACCUGCUGCAGGCCCCAACUCGGGUCCACCGUCAUAUAACGCAUCUGCAUCUUCGACACCAACUCCGGCACCCGGCAAGGAGCCUGGAUCGAAAACAGUAUUUAGAUCUGGUGGAGGUCAAAAUUGGACUGACAGCACACUUCUCGAAUGGGACCCGGCCCACUUUCGACUUUUUGUUGGUAAUCUUGCAGGCGAGGUUACGGACGACUCCCUGAGAAAAGCUUUUGCCAAAUAUACGUCUAUUCAAAAAGCGCGCGUGAUUCGCGACAAGCGGACGGAAAAGAGCAAAGGGUACGGAUUCGUCAGCUUCAGCGAUGGCGACGAUUAUUUCAAAGCAGCUCGAGAAAUGCAGGGCAAAUAUAUCGGCUCGCAUCCGGUCCUUUUGAGACGGGCCAUGACCGAAGUUCGACCAGCAUCAUCUGAUGCGAGAAACAAAAAGGGUAAGAAGGGCGGGAAUGGCGGCAAAGGUGGUGGCUAUUCUUCUGGGGCAGGAGGAGGGAAGCCCAAGGGUGACGGAGUGAAAAAACAGGGAUAUACCAAGGGUGGCCUGAAAAUUCUGGGUUGA